AUGAUGAACGAUCCAGAUUCGACAGGACCGAAUCGGGACGAAGGAAAUCCCACCGCGCAGCAGGCGGCCUACGAACCUGCUUGCGACGAAUGUAGGGUUCGCAAGGUCAAAUGCAACAAGGAGUAUCCAAAAUGCUCCAGUUGCCGCAAAUCCAAUCUCCCGUGUGGAUUCUCCAACAAGGGCAAGCGGGUGAACCACACCAAGAGACUGAUCAAUGACGUUGAACUUCUUGGAAGUCGCCUGGGCAAGAUCGAGGAUGCGCUGACCCGAUGCCUCUCCGCAGUGGAAGCCUCGAGUUCGAUACAUGGCCAUUCCACGCAAACCGCCUCUCCCAAAUAUCUAUCCACUUAUGGUCAGAUGGAUUUAUCAGAAGAUUUUGACAUGAGUCCAGAACACUUAGACGGCAGCUCAGAUGAUUCUCAAUCUAAUCGGUAUUACUUAUUUGUUGGGGAGCACGGAUACGAGAGAUUCUAUGGGCCGAGCUCAAUGUUUUCGCUAUAUGCGGAAGCUCAAACCGCCUGCAGUCGGCUGAUGUCGUCGUUGUCAGGCUAUGAUGGGGAUAAAUCUCUCCAACCGCCUGUUUCAGUGGUUACCGGGCGACUACAAGACGCAACAAAUCUCUUCCAGACGAUGUCAAAGGAAAGCCCAUCGGUCGUGGAACCUGAUCUAGGAGACUUCGUCCCAUCCAUUCCCCCUCGAGUGCUAAUGGAAGUCUUCCUGGAGACCUAUCUGACCGACCUCAGCCCCCUAUUACCAAUUUUCGAUCAUCGGAGUAUCUUAGCCGCCAUGCAGGAGCAGUACGCAUCGGACACCGAGUCACCCGAUCUCGCCUGGAUUACUUCAUUUAAUCACAUUCUCCUACAAACCCUCGCUGCUAAGCUCAAUGCUUCGCGGAAGUCUGGGCUUCUGGGUUGUGGCACUCUUGAGAAUGGCCUCAUAUCUAAUCUUCUCCAGAAUGCUAAAAGAUGCUGUAAUAACUUUGAAAAGCUUCUCAAGCCCCGUGUGGCCAAUGUUCAAGCUCUUCUGAGCCUGGCUCUGAUUGCCUUGAAAUACUUUUCGUUCACAACGUUCGAGGCUCUCUUUUCGCAGGCGUGCCAGCUUUCCAAAUCUAUCGGCCUCCACCACAACAUUUCUAGGGCCGGCCCGACAAAUGAAUACCUUGAGACUGAGCGUCAAAACUUGUUUUGGUCCCUUUUUAUUGUUGAUAAACACGCUUCGUUGAUCGCUGGCAAACCCUGUUUGCUACCGUCAUAUGACUGCAGCGUCCCUCUGCCAACGGUCGAUAACCACUUCACUGCUCGAGUGCACCUUGCUCAUAUUCAAGAAGACCUCUACCGCAAUCUCUAUUCUGCCGAAGUGUGCCAUAUUGGUCGAGAUUCGAUCAAUCGUCGUGCCAAUAACAUCGGGCGGCGGCUUCAAUCCUGGGCAGCUCAACAUGAACCCGUGCUGUCCCCGACUGGUUCUGGCCCUGUUCCGUCUCCGAAUAAGUACUGUGCCAUGGAGCUGAGGUAUGCACUUUCGACCUGUUGGGUUCUGAUACAGCGUCGUAUGGUUGCCACCCAAAGUAAGAAUACCUCUAUAGAGCACGCUCGGGCCAGUCUUACUUUGUUCAAGGAAUUUUGCCUGAGCUAUCAGCCUGGAGAUGGCUUCUCAGGCUUUGGGGUUUUUGACAAUAUUUGCCUCAAUUACUCCAUGAUAUCCUUUCUGGAAGUUUUCAUUCACCUACUUGACAACUAUGAGUCCGAGGACCAACCUGACUAUGAUUCACUUUCAUUCUUCGCCUCCAAGGCCGAAUGUUUGGCCGCAAUGACAGCUUCUGGGUCAUAUUCUUCAAAGAUCAGACAUGUGACUGAUCACUGUAAUCAAGUUGCCGAGAGUCUUAGAUCUUUGAAGGAGGGGGGCCGGGCUCAAUCGCUAUCAGCAGCCGUAUCUUCCCGGGGGACGACUCUUUCCAACGGUCAUUCUACGGGACAGGGUUCUUUUGAACCAGACGCGUUGAGAACUCCUUCUGGAAUCUCGGGCGCUCGAGACCAAUUUUGGGAUGUCUUUUCAUAUCCUUUGGAAGGCUCGCUGGGUUUUGACAAAAUGACAGCGGGGAAUAGAGAACAAACUGACCAUGGCUCUCUCGUGGAAUGCAACAGUCAAUUCCUGAUGCCUGACGGUAUAGGCUCCAAUAUAAUGCCACCUGACCCUGUCGACUUCCACUCUAUUCUGGAUGCAUUCUCUGGCGAUAAUCAUGGGUUUGGUGGGGCUGUCUAA